AUGGCGGCGGCGUUGGUGGUGGUGUUGGGGAGGGGGAGGGGACGUCGGGGUGGGGGGAAGGGGAAGGGGAGGCGGGGGCGGGGAGGGGGAGGUUGUGGUGGUGCUGUUGGUGGUGGUCAUGGUGCUGGUGGUGGUGUUGGUGGAGGUUGUGGCGGUGGUGUUAGUGUUGGUGGUGGUGGUGGUGGUGGAGAGGAUUGGUGUAUAGUAGGGUUAUGGAGAUAUAUGGUGUUUCACCAGAGUAUGAGAACUGUGCAAGAUAAAUCAGAUCGUCCAAUUGGAGGUACUGCAAUCGGACAGACCGAGUACAGAAACCCUUGGGUCCAGUUUGAGUACAAGCUCCACGUGGCAGACGAUACAGAAAAUUUUGGAUCUGAUUUCAGUAUGUCACACAAAUCGGACGGUCCGAUUUAUGUCACUCUCUCUCUCUGCAAUGAAAUUGGACUGUAUAUACCCCCUAAUACACCAUAA